AUUUAAGGCAAAAUUUCCAUUUUAUUAACUUAUUUUUCAAAUUUAUGAAACUGUGAAUUAUUUUAAUUUUUCCAGUUCUAACUUCCUUGACUGGAUCAAACACCUUUUCGAGGCCAACAUUCCUCUCAUUAAAUAUUAACAUUCACCUGUAAUAUGAUCUCAAACACACUCAAAAACAAUGGAAAAUAUUUAUUUUUUCAAAAAAGACUAAAUUUUGAGCUACUCCCUGAAAAAAACAAUUAUAAUGACGUGAUUCCAUUCAGUUUCACUGAAAUUGACAGAAUCGUAAAAAAUCGCACAAACAUCCCUGAAAAAUCACUAAAAAUAGACAAUCAACACAAGAAUGUUUUUUACACAUUUAUUAGGCAGACGAAUUCCAUAAUAUAUUCAAGUUUACGCUUGAAAAAAACAGGUUCAUCGGACGUUAAAGAAGAUUCAUCACAUUCCUCUGAUAUCAAAGAAGAUUCAAAGAGUUCUUCAGCAAUUAACACAAAAGAACAAAUUGAAGAUGAGACUAUUUGCGAGAGAGUUGAAAAAAUCCUUGGAUAUUUGAGUAAGGAGAAUUUGAUAGUUGUACUCCAACGUUCUCUUUCCGCACAUUUUUACUUAAAGUCAAAAUGUUGGCGAAGACUCUCAGCACGUGUUCUAAGGAACUGUUUUUUGAACCAAGAGAAGCUAAAUCCAACAGAUUUAGUUAAAAUUUUAUCCUCACUGAGUAAGUGGAGAUUUACAAAUUUGUCAGAAUUUGAGAAAAAGCUGGACCUUAUGAUACUAAUUAACGAUCAUUGGUCACUAUAUAAAGCUUCUCAAGCCUUGUGGAGUUUAUCUCACCUAAACCUGUUUUCACUCAAGUCUUUUCAGUACCUAAACGCUAAAAUAAUACAAAUUCUACGGUCAAAUAGCUCAGAACUGGAACCUAACACUGAUUUGUAUGAGAGUAUUCAUAGGAUCUGCUCAGCAAAUUUGAACAAGUUAUCAAGAACAGGAAUUGCCAGCCCAGUAUUAUCCUCCAUAACUGAGUAUUUUGGGAGCAACUUAGUUGCCUUAAAGUGUUUAGAUACUAAGACAAUGAUGUCCCUAACAUCCCUAUUACCAUAUUCGUCCUAUAAUGAUACAUUGGUAACAUCUGUAUUGGGGGUUCUUUUAACCUCAUUUCACAAGUUUACACAUGCUCAGGCCUCUCAUAUUUUGUACAACUUUUCCAUAAUUUACUCAGAUUUGUCACCUGAGGCGCAUCACCUAGUGGUGAAGCUUCUGUGUAAAUUCAGGGAUUUGGUUUUAUCUUCAGACUUUACCUUUAUACCCUCACUGAUUUCUAAGUGCCUGUACAACGGUAUACUAUUUUUGCAUAAUAUUGAUUUGAAUUUUGUGUCCAAGUGCCUCUCAGAUUUGAACGCAAAUUUACAUCUCAUAGGUCCAUUUUCACUUUUCGGGAAUCUUUUAUGCCUUAAUCACAUGUUAUCUGAGUUCUCAGAACAAUUAGAACCUAGAGAUAGGAAAAGUAUACUUAAUACUAUGAAUAAUUUAAUAAGGGUUGACGAUUUCGGAAAUUUGUGUAAGCUGGACAAUGAAGUAUUAAAACCUCUGGAAGUUAAACUAUGGCAUUUACCAGUUCUUAAUCACAUUAGCUGUAGUUCAAUUACUCCAAAGUUUAUUUUUAACACAAUUUACCUAAAAUUUCAAGAGUUUUACGAGACUUGUGACUCCCAAAAUCAUAUGUCCGCAAUGAAGAACUUUGUCUUAUUUUUAACAAACUCAUUUGGAAAUCGUGAGCUUUUAGACACUAACUUUAAGAACCUAACACUCUUGACAGCGUCUAAACUCUUUGCGUGUUCAACAGAGAAGAAUGAAGUAUUAUGUGUUUACUGGGACUUAAUCACCUGUUAUUUAUCGUGUUUUGAGAUGCUUGAUGUGUUUAAGAGAGAGGUCAAAUUUGAUUCUUUAUCAACGGAUUUCUGCUCAAAUUUCACAGUUUUGAGAUGUUUACUCAAUUUAUUGAGUUGUACAUUUAGAAGAGAUGAAAAGGGUUUAAUUAGUUAUCUAGAGAAAUUAGCUUAUGAAAAGGACAGGAACCCUGAAAAUGAUGAGGUUAUAAUAGUAAAGUUUUGCCUAUUAUUUAGUAAUUUAUACUCAAGCACACAUAAAUUGGGCUUAAAAUUUGAGAAUUUUUAUACAUCAAAUGGAGCAAAGGAUGAAGAAUAUGUCGAGAGUUUAGAUACGGGUAUGAGUAAAGAAGCACUCGAUUAUAUAAGGAAGUGUGUAAGGAUGCCUUGUAAUCCAAUUAAUUUGGGAUUUUUGAGGACUAAACUGUUCUUUUUACAGGAUCACCCAAGGCAAUUUUUACCACUUCUACCAUCAAUAAUCAUGGGAGAAAUGAUAUCUACGGGGGAAAAUAGAAAGACGAAAGUGGAUAUACAUCAAAUUGGAAAAUGGCUUGAAGAAGUUAAGGGCUGGGAUUGCCUUUCAAAGAGUUUAAACAAUAGAAAUAUUGACCCAUACAGAGGAGAAAGUGACGAGGAAGUAGGAGAAAUGGAUGAAAAUCAUUUAAACAGGGAAAAUAAUAUGAAAAUAGAAUCGAUGUAUAGUAAUUGGAAGCAGAGAGAAAUGGAAAUAGAGUAUGUGUUAGAGAACCAUUGUAUAGGACCAUGGUUAUGUCCAUAUGUAAUAAAGGGGAAGGAUAAGGGGAGUAUCCUGUUAAUAUUUCCAGUGGAUUUUAGGACCAAAAACAGGCCUCAUGUGUUUGAUACUAUUAGAAGAGAUUUUUUAUCAAAAUUCGGGUAUAAUUUCAUUGAGUUGUAUUAUAAUUAAUUUUAAAGUAAUUUUUUACAAAUUUUU